UCCGUUAACUUUUCGACUGGAAAAUCUUUGCUCGAGUAUUUAACUAACCCGGAACUUUAAAUUAAUCCAACUAUUCAAGAAAUCACAUCUCGUUGUUCUGGACCUGUUUUGAACGCAGUUCAGCAAGUUAUCUUUGAGUAGUGACUUUUUCAAGCCUGACUUGACUUUGCCUCUUCUGCGUGGAGAACAGAUCGCAGCAAAUGUCCCUCGCUGCGAGGGCAACGGUUCCUACGGGAGAGAAACCCACUACUACUUACAUUUUCUAAUCAGUCAGCGUGGUGGAGCUCAGAGGUGCCAAAAUGCCGCAGCAAAAAGACAUUGUGAAGAUUGCGAUCCAGAUGCCAGGGGCCUACCCCCAGCUCAUACGACUAGACCAGAAGAAGCCUCUAUCCGCUGUUAUAAAGGAGGUCUGUGAUGGCUGGAAUCUCCCAGGUCAUGAAAACUAUGCGCUUCAGUAUGCUGACGGAGUGCAGACGUACAUCACCGAAUCGAACCGUCUGGACAUUAAGAACGGCUGCAUUCUGCGUCUAACCAAGGCCCCGGGGCGCUGUGCGGAGGACUUGUUUAAGGGCAUCCAAAGUAUGGACCUGGGAGUGCGCUGCGAUUCGUUGAAGCAACUCGCCAGCGUUUCCACGGACGUGACGUUUGCGCAGGAGUUCAUCAGCCGGGAUGGACACCUCUUACUGGUCAAGAUAGUGGAAGACUCCAGCGAGAGUGCUCUGAUCAUGACCCACACCCUAACAGCCUUUAUGGAGCUAAUGGAUCACGGCAUUGUGUCCUGGGAAAAUCUCUCGUCAAUCUUCGUUGAGAAGAUCGCCUGCUUUGUCAACGCCAAGGUGGCCGACGCGUCCAUCCAGCAGGUGUGCUUAGACAUCCUGGAGAGCAUGGUCCUCAGCAGCCACAGCCUCUUCAUGCAAGUCAAACAAGUAGUGACCAUGGAGAGGCUCAUUGCGCACCUCCAAAUGACUAAUCAGCAGAUUCAGACCAAAGCUAUGGCUCUACUUAUGGCUCUGUUGCAGACAGCUGGGGACGCAGACAGACAGGAAAUGUUUGCAUACCUGAAUAAGAAGAAUCUCCGUCAGUACAUUUACAAGAACAUCAUCCACAGUUCAAGUUCAGUUCAGGAUGAAAUGGCCCACUACCUCUAUGUCCUACAGUCAGUGACUUUGAAUGAUCUGGAGCCGCGAAUGAGGACGCCACUGGACUGUUACAGCCAGGAACAAAGAGACAUCCUUCACGGUCUGCGGCAGGCCGCCUUCGAAACGGAGAGCGAGAACAGUCUGAGUCAUGAGAGGAGACGUUCACUUUGCGCCAAAGAGUUCAAGAAGUUGGGCUUCUCUAACAAUAGUAAUCCUGGUCAGGACUUGGUGAGAACGCCUCCUGGUCUUUUAGCUUUGGACACCAUGUUCUAUUUUGCUGCACGCAAUCCUGACGCUUACAGCAGGUUUGUUCUGGAGAACAGCAGCAGGGAGGACAAGCAUGAGUGUCCUUUUGCUCGGAGCAGCAUCCAGCUCACACUCAUCUUGUGCGAAAUCCUUCGUAUAGGCGAAGCCCCCUCGGAGACGGGCUCAGACUACCACCCCAUCUUCUUCAGUCAGGACCGGCUGCUGGAGGAGCUUUUCUGUGUGUGCAUCCAGCUGCUCAACAAGACCUGGAAGGAGAUGAGAGCCACACAGGAGGACUUUGACAAGGUGAUGCAGGUGGUGAGGGAGCAGAUCACACGCACGUUGUCCACCAAGCCGACCUCGCUGGAGCUCUUCAAGAACAAAGUGAACGCGCUCAACUACACCGAGAUCCUCAAGCUGCGCCAGACGGAGCGACUGCACCAGGAAGAGACGCUGGCUCCGCCCGUACUUGAACUGAAGGAACGUCUGAAGCCAGAGCUGCUUGAGUUGAUCCGCCAGCAAAGACUCAACAGGCUUUGUCAGGGGACCAUGUUUAGAAAGAUCAGCAGCCGACGCAGACAAGACAAACUGUGGUACUGUCGUCUGUCGCCCAAUCACAAAAUGCUGCACUACGGCGACGUGGAGGAAGAUUCGGACACUCCACCCAUUGAAACACUGCAAGAAAAGAUCCCAGUAGCAGACAUUAAAAAUCUGCUGGUAGGCAAAGAGUGUCCUCACAUGAAGGACAAUAAAGGCAAACAGAACAAGGAGGUGCUGGACCUGGCGUUUAGCAUCACCUACGAUGUGGAGGAGUACAGCCUCAACUUCAUCGCCCCCUCAAGGACUGACUUCUGCCUGUGGACAGAUGGACUGAGCGUCCUCCUGGGCAGGGACAUGAGCAGCGAAUCCAUGCGCAGCGAGCUGGACAUCCUCCUGUCCAUGGAGAUUAAGCUCCGCCUACUGGAUUUGGAGAACAUCCCCAUCCCAGAGAACGCACCAGUCGUCCCCAAAGCGCCGAGCAACUACAACUUCUGCUAUGACUUCAGUCAAACUGAGCAAUAGAGGAAACCGCUCAGAUGGGUGCCUGUGUAAAUAUGCAGUGUGUGUUUUUGUGUGAUAGAAAAGUAUGUUGUGUGUGAGGCUCUGACUUACACGUUUGUUGUAAAUGUUCAGAAGCUGCUGUCGCUGUGCUCAUUUUGAACAUCCACUUGCUUGACUGAACCUCACAAUUUGAAGUGCAAUUUCACUUUUUGUUAAUUAAUCUGUUCCAAAGAAUCAUAGACUCAACAAAAUGAAUGAAAAUCGUACUUGUUUUGUGGAAAAGUGAAAACUGGCUCUUAAUCUUUUUAUACAGUACAGAAGAACCACUAAAGAAAAUGUACAAUACAUUUUUUAAAUAUUGUUGUUUUUUGGGGGAUAAUUACGGGCCCCCUGUUUGUAAUAUUGGGUGUUGGUGAGCCAUUAUAGGCUUUACAUUUUCUGUCCCUUAAAGAAAAGCAAAUAUUUUUCCAUUUUAACAAGAUGUAAAUCCAAUUCGCCUGUUUUGCUACAACUUGCGGUACAUUUGAUCAAAAUAAUCAUAAUCAAGUCUUGGGCAAAAAUAAAUAAAUAAGUAGGUACUCUACUGUGUCCAAAUCACUUCCUGUGAAACAUGUAAAAUCUUUUCAAAAUCAUGCAAAUAAAUGUGUAUUUUUGUGAUA